ACCAGAGACCGAGAGGAGGUCGCUGUAGUAGUUUGUAAAAAAAAGUUAUAGAAACUCGCAGGUGAAGCCAUUCAGCUUGUGUCGUUUACAUGGUGACAGAUUACGGACUCAGAGGUAACUACUUGUUGGUAUGAAACAGUAUAUAAGGGCGGUAAAUAACUACAUUUAGCUCGGGCUCGCGGACUUCUGCAUGGUCGCUAGCUAGCUAACGGUUAGCUACAGGAGCUACUUGGUUAGCUGGCUAGCGAGGUCCAGCCCAAAAGUUGUUUACCUCAAGUUGUGGAUGUGGUCACCCCCUGAGCUUUUCACGACUUUUCUCUGGGAUAGGAGAGCAAGGACCAACAAUUCACACUGGAUUUAACACUGUGCGCUGUUAGGAAACUAGCAGGAUGUCCACAGAGGUUGAGUGUAGUCAGGUCGACUCCGGUUUGACAGCGGCCAGCUGCGGCGGAGCGGAGGAGAAGAACCAAAACAAGUCCGAGGGGCAGAAAGAGCAUCAAGAACAGGGGCAGAAAGGCUCGGAGAAACCACUACAAGAUGGUCACAGCUCCGAGGCAGCCAAGAGCCCCGCGGACACGCACAAGAAAUGCAAAGAAAACGACAAAGAAAACGACCAAAGCAGCAACGCUGACUCGGCUGUUGAGGCGGUGAAGAGGAAAGUUGUUGAAGCCCCUCCGCCGAAAGUCAACCCGUGGACGAAGAGGACCACGGGCAGAGUGCCGAUCAACAAUAUCAGCUCCCAGGAGAAAGAUCAACAAAGUGCUCUGAAAGUCGUCCGUGCCAGCAAGCCCAGAACGAGAAAAUCCAGCAAGUCAAGUGACUUCAGUGAUAUCACAAACUGGCCCACACCUGGUGAACUGGCCAAAGAGCAACAACAAAAUGUCCUCAACAACAACGGAAAGAAGCCUUCCUCCUCACGCAGAGACAAGGAGAAGAGGAGGGAGCGACCGGAUAGGAAAUCGGAGAGCAGCCAUGACGGCGGUGAGAGCAAAGAGAACCAGGAGGCUCAGCGGGACCCGCUGGGAGAGCUGCCCAAAGACGGAGAGUCGAAGGUGGGACAGGACGCCAAGAGCGCCAGCCUGAAGAAGAGAGGAGGUGAGGGUAACAAACGUAAGUGGGUUUCUCUGCCGCUGGAGGAAGCGUCCCGGGAAGACGGCGACAAGGCGCCCAGCGGAGGUCCGACACGCUUGGACACAGAGCUCGCCAGCGACUCACCUGACCCCAUGUCGCCCAAUCACACGCUCCAUAAUAACAGGGCGCAUGAUAGCAGCAGGAGUUGGAGAAGAGAGCCGCGGGACUUCGGAGACGAUACUGCCAGCAUCAGGAGUGACAGCGGGAGCGUGCGCGGUGGGAUACGAGGCCGAGGGAAAGGGCGCGGGCGCGGCAGAGGUCGCGGACGAGGACGUUAUGAAUACUCUCAGAGCUUCCGCGACUCUCAGUCGUCUGACGGCUCCGCUCAGGGCGCCACCGAGUUCAGCACCAACAUGGUUUACUAUUAUGACGACGGCAGCAAGGUCCAGAUGUACACAGUGGAUGAGAAGCUUCUCAAGGAAUACAUCAAACGCCAAAUCGAGUACUACUUCAGCCUCCACAACCUGGAGCGAGACUUCUUCCUGAGGAGAAAGAUGGACGCGCAGGGCUUCCUCCCCAUCUCCCUCAUCGCCAGCUUCCACAGAGUCCAGGCCCUCACCACCGACAUCACCCUCAUCAUGGAGGCUCUGAAGAGCAGCACGGAGGUGGAGCUGGUGGACGACAGGGUUCGCUGUAAAACCGACCCGGAGCGUUGGCCCAUCCCUGUCCCUCAAGUCGUGGGUUCCCCUCGAACCGACUUCUCCCAGCUCAUCAACUGCCCUGAGUUCGUUCCUCGACAGACCCUCAACCCCACAAACUCUGCUUCACCGCCUGUAAAGGAGACUCCCCCCGAGUCUGCUGGACCUCAGGACUCGGCUGAGCCCGGCUCCACCAGCCAGGAGUCCGCCACACACGCCGUUAAAGAUGCCCCGAAACCGGACCCUGACGCCUGGAUCCAGGUGGAGAAACGCCACAAACAGCCCUCUGGAAAGGCAAAGGGGGACAGCAAGACACCCCCUCCCAGUCACCAGGCUCCUCCACAGGCCGAGCCCGAUCAGGAGGAGCUGGACUUCCUAUUCGACGAGGAAAUGGAGCAGUUGGCGCCAAGGAAAAACAAGUUCACCGACUGGUCAGACGAGGACGACUCGGACUACGAGCUGGACGACCAAGACGUCAACAAGAUCCUCAUCGUCACCCAGACCCCUCCUUACCUCCGCAAACACCCCAGCGGCGACCGAACAGGCAACCACGAGUCCCGAGCCAAGAUCACCGCCGACCUGGCCAAAGCCAUCAAUGACGGGCUGUACUACUACGAGCAGGACCUGUGGAAGGGAGAGGAGCAGAUCGAGUGCAGCAAGCAGGAAGUGGAGAACUUCAAGAAGCUGAACGUCAUCAGUAAAGAUGAGUUUGAGACACUCGCCCCCAAAGUGCCCGUUGAGGCGAACCAGGAAGUCCCACCUCCUCCGAUGCCAGUGGACGGUGGAGCAGAACUGGCCCGCUCUCUGCCUACGACGGUCCCAGAGUCGCCCAGCUCUCACCAACCCCGAACCCCCAGAACGCCUCGCACCCCCGGACGCCAGGACCCCAACAAGACGCCCCGCUUCUACCCCGUCAUGAAGGAGAGCGGCACCAUCGAUGGGCAGACUCCGAGGAAGAAGAAGACCCGUCACAGCUCCAACCCCCCUCAGGAGGCCCACAUCGGCUGGGUGAUGGACUCCCGUGAGCACCGACCGCGCUCUGCAUCCAUCAGCAGCUCCAACGCCUCUCCAUCAGAAGGAGCCCCGCUGUCAGGAAGCUACGGCUGCACCCCCCAGUCUCUGCCCAAGUUCUGGCAUCCAUCCCACGAGCUGCUGAAGGACAAUGGCUUCACCCAGCAGGGGUACCACAAGUACCGCCGACGGUGCCUUAACGAGAGGAAACGGUUGGGGAUCGGCCAGUCUCAGGAGAUGAACACUCUGUUCAGGUUCUGGUCCUUUUUCCUGAGGGACAACUUCAACAGGAAGAUGUACGAGGAGUUCAAACAGUAUGCUGUGGAGGACGCCAAAGACAACUACAGAUAUGGACUGGAAUGUCUCUUCAGAUACUACAGCUACGGUUUGGAGAAGAGAUUCAGGUUAGAGCUGUUCAAGGACUUUCAAGAAGAGACCCUCAAGGACUUUGAGAAAGGUCAGUUGUAUGGACUGGAGAAGUUCUGGGCCUUCUUGAAGUAUUCAAAGAUGAAGAACCAGCCCAUAGACCCGAAGCUGCAGGAACACCUCUCCCAAUUCAAGAACCUGGAGGACUUCAGGGUGGUGCCACCAAUGGGAGAGGAGGGAGGCAGGAGAAGACGUCACUCAUCCUCGGCUGGGGAUGAAGGGAGGCGUCGACGACAUCCUUCCAACACUACCUCAAAGCCCACACAGGCCUCCAAAUCCUCCAGCGCCAGCGCUGCCGCCGCCGCCGCUCAACCUGCUGCCGCUGCCAACGCCGCUGCACAGAAACAACCCAAAGAAAACACCCAGAAACCAGCAGCAGGAGCAGCCGCACAGGCCAAGAAGAUGGAUACCGGAGCCGGGAAGAAGGAAAGUGUUGCACCAAAUAAAUGAAAGCUCCCUCACUGAGGUGUGGGUUUGGAUAGAAGAGAUGCAGAGCGAGGCGGCAGCAGCUCUGAGCUCAGCGUUCGCUCUUUUCAGCGGCAAACUGUUUGGGUAUGAAGAGAGACUGAGCGUGGUUGACUUAAUUUGAUUGUUUUUAUCAGUGCAUUUCAUUUAAAGCAAGCAUAGGCAGUGAGCUUGAAUCUGUGCGCCUGACAGCUCAUAAUGUUUACAAAAAAAAAAAAAAAAUGCAUUCCCUGCAUUUUGCCUUUUGUUUCUCUCAGAUGCCAAAACUCUUUUCAACAAGUUUGUUGAUCUCCACAAUAUGUCAACCGCUCUGGUCUGUAAAGAGCUUUUGAACUGUGAUUCUAGUUUGCCAAGAUAAGACAUACUGCAGAUAGUCUUGUGUGCCUUAAUCUGAUUCACCAGGACGACUGGAGGGCGAGGAGUGACAAAAUAGUCCAAAUUCCGCUUUUUAAAGUCUUCCCAACUGAUUCUUCGGGGUUUGAAUGUGUUUAAAACUGACACCACUCGCAGUUUUUUUUUUUUUAUUUUAUUUUUUUCUUUUUUGUCUUGAGACAUAUAUGUCUUUUGUUUUCAUCAUGACAAUCAAAGUUGACAGUUGCAGUCAUAAAUUUGUGAAGGACUGACCCCCUGAGGCUGCUGCUUCGUAACAGAUGUGCCCUGAUGUUUCUUAGUCUGACUGACAGGCAUCACAGCUGAACUAUCAUGUUGGUUUUUAAUUAAAACCAGGAAAAUCUAUCUGGGAAGCUUUACAUUAAGUCCCGUUUUACACCCAGAGGUAGUAUAAUUUAUUGUUUUAUUUUUGUUUUUAUUUUUCCAUUUACUUGAUUGAUGGAAUAGUCUUAGGUAAUCAGUGCAGUUUUAAAUGGCUUUUGCUAUUGAAUAUGAUAAAAAAAAUGUUUCUGCUGGAAUUAUGGGUGUGCGCUAGCAUCAUAAAACUACAGUAUAUUUUAGUUUACUUCAUAUUAUGUUUGAGGCUUGGUGCUCUAGAGCACUUUAAUUGUUAACUUUCCUUUACUUCAUCAGUGGACUUAAGAGGUUUUAGAGUUGAAUUUAAAGAAAAAAAAAUGUAAAUACUAUAAAAAAUCAUUUGCUAUUCAAUUAUCGUUUUGAUUUUAAGAAGUGAUUUGUUUUAUCGGUAAUGUGGUUUUUGAGUGUGUUUUAGGCUAAAGCAGUGCAUGUUAAUGAAUUGUAAAAUGCAAAAAAAUAUAAAAUAA